GAAAUGGGCGGAGUCGCAGAAAAUAUAGCCAAAAGGGCUAUCUCAAUAGCCGCAUCAAAAAUGCCUAUCCAAACUCAAUUCAUUAUUUCAAGAUAUUAAAUAAUAAAAACCAAAGGAAAGAGGUCUUUUGGAGGAAAAAACAUGGCAAUUUUUCCUUUCUUUUGUUGAAUAGAGAAUAUUUUUUUUUACUUCAAGCCUUGGACUGAAAAACCAGAUAAAAUAAGAAUGAUAUGAUUCAACCUCAAACCCAUUUGAAUGUAGCCGAUAACAGCGGAGCCCGCCAAUUGAUGUGUAUUCGAAUCAUAGGAGCAGGUAAUCGACGAUAUGCUUCUAUUGGUGACAUUGUUGUUGCUGUAAUCAAGGAAGCGGUACCAAAUAUGUCUUUAGAAAGAUCAGAAGUGAUUAGAGCUGUAAUUGUACGUACUUGUAAAGAACUUAAACGUAGCAAUGGCAUGAUAAUACAAUAUGAUGAUAAUGCCGCGGUUGUCAUUGAUCAAGAGGGAAAUCCAAAAGGAACUCGAAUUUUUGGCGCAAUCGCCCGGGAAUUGAGACAGUUAAAUUUCACUAAAAUAGUUUCAUUAGCACCUGAGGUAUUAUAAGAAAAAACAUUUUAUUAUUUAAUGAAAAUGAAAUAGAUAAAUUAAUAAAUUAUGUCUUACACAUAUAUCUAAUUAUUAAAAAAAUUGGAUUUCGUUUUUUAUUUUUUUAAUAUAUAUUAUUCUUUUUGAAUAAAAAAAAGUAUAAAAAUAAAUAUAGAAAUAUAAAAAGAAAUAUAUAAAUAAGAUAUUAUAUAGAUAUCUUUCUAUUAAAGAUAUAUAAAUAUACUAGAUAUCUUUCUUUAAUUUUAACUAAAAUAUUUUCAAAUUAUAUUACUCUAAUAUAUAUUAGAAAAUAUAGAACACGGAGCAUGCUGAUUAUAUCAAAAGUAAGUAAAG